UGAGUACGCUUUGACACACAAGACUGUCUUUGGUGCACCACGUUUUGAAGGCCGGACGAUUACGUCAUCAGUGCCUCGUUCAGGUCGCUUUUCUUCUGACAACCCUAAGCCUUUUAAUGAAAUCCGUGAAUGUUUUUACUGUCACCAAAAGGGUCACGUGAUUGCGGACUGCCCAGUUUUGAAAAAUAAACCGAAACAGUCCCAGUCACCGUCCCCAAAAAUGAAAAGUUUGGGUUUAGUCAAGUCUUUGGCUCGUCCAUUGGAUCGAGUUGUUGAUUCAGCAUUUGAGAAACCGGAUCCUGUCUAUGCUCCGUUUAUCUCUGCCGGUUAUGUUUCCUUAACAGGAGAACAAGCUGAUCAAAAGCCUAUCCAAAUCCUACGAGACACUGGGGCGGCGCAGUCAGUAAUCAUUACUGAUGCUUUACCCUGGUCUCCUGAAACAUAUUGUGGCUCACAUGUUAUAUUACAGGGGAUAGAGACAAAAACCGUACCUGUACCAUUACACUGGGUCCACUUAGUGUCAGACUUGGUAUCAGGACGUUUCCGUGUUGGUGUAGUGUCUACACUGCCAGUAAAAGGAGUCACAUUGCUACUAGGGAAUGAUAUUGCUGGUGGUAAUGUCAUUCCUGUGUUAGAGGUAGUAGACAAUCCAGAAAUCAGAACUACAGAUGAGAAAUUGGUUCAAGCAUUUCCACAUGUUUUUCCUGCUUGUGUGUUAACGAGGGCACAAUCUCGCAAGCUAGGAGAUGUGGUGGAUUUGGCAAGUUCCAUUUUUGAGAAUGUUAAGGUAGAAGACAAUGCACAGGGUAUGCCUUCUGCAAUGCCGACAGUUUUUACCCCCCUAAAAACUAAGGCAGGGGAAAACGAAAUUGUGCCCCAAUUACAUGACAUUCUUUUGUCUGUCACCCCUGAGAAGGUGAUUGAAUGUCAAAAAGAAGACACCAGUCUUCGCAAGUGUUUUGCUUCGGUAAUUUCCAUUGAGGAAGCUAAAACUAGAGAGACCGCCUACUUUAUGGAAGCAGGAGUUUUGAUGCGUAAAUGGGCAUCUCAUGACACCAUUAAUGACUGGAGUGAAGUGUGUCAAGUGGUUGUUCCUACACCGUUCCGACAACAGGUGCUGUCACUCGCCCAUGACCAGGCGUGGUCUGGACACUUGGGGAUCACAAAGACUUAUAACCGGGUCCUUCAUCAUUUCUUCUGGCCAGGUUUGAAGUCUGACGUGGUCCAAUUUUGUAAAACAUGUCACAUAUGUCAACUCACUGGGAAAGUGAAUCAAGUUCCACGAGCGCCACUCUGCCCGAUUCCUGUGGUGGGGGAACCGUUUGAAAGAGUGAUAAUUGAUUGUGUAGGUCCAUUGCCGAAAACAAGGUCAGGUAACCAGUUCCUACUAACAAUAAUGUGCAGUGCUACUCGAUACCCAGAGGCUAUUCCUCUCCGUACUAUAGUUCUUCUCUACAUUUGGACUCCCUAAAGUAAUCCAAACUGAUCAGGGAUCCAACUUCAUGUCUAAACUGUUUUCAAAUGUGUUAAAGACAUUGUGUAUUUCCCAUCAGGUCUCUAGUCCGUAUCAUCCAGAGAGUCAAGGGGCUCUAGAACGCUGGCAUCAGACGCUGAAGGCAAUGCUACGCAAGUAUUGUAUGGAUACCAGUACUGAUUGGGAUGAGGGGGUGCCCUUUGUCCUAUUUGCUAUAAGGGAAACGAUACAAGAGUCCUUAGGGUUCAGCCCUGCUGACCUUGUGUUUGGACACACCCCACGGGGUCCGCUUAAAGUUUUGAAGGAGCAUAUCUUAUCUCCUACACCCAGUAGCGCCCCUAAAAAUGUGUUGGAAUAUGUCAGUAAGAUGAGGGAGAGACUGCACGCCGCAUGUGCGUUAGCCCAAAAGUCUCUCUCCUCGUCUCAAAAACGCAUGAAGUUGCAUUAUGACAAAAAGGCUGUUGGCCGUUCAUUUGCACCAGGGGAUCAAGUUUUAGUUUUGUUGCCAAUCCCUGGCUCAUCUCUGUCAGCACGUUUUUCUGGACCAUAUCUGGUGGAAAAGAAACUCAAUGACACCAAUUAUGUGAUAAAGACACCAGAUUGAAGGCGUUCUUCCCGUGUGUGUCAUGUUAACAUGCUGAAAACAUAUUAUGUGCGUAAUUCUCCCGACAGCUCCUCAAGUAAGCCGGUCCAGCCCGCCGUCUCCAGUGUGGCUGCGGUGGUGCUGAAGCCUGGCUGGGACCUAGAUGAGGAUAAGGAGGACGGGUUGGAGUUACGCCAUACGUUACAGCAAGUGUGUUUCAGGACAUUCCAAGUCGCACAUCCAUCUUGGAACAUGACGUGGAUGUGGGGAACGCUGUUCCUAUACGUCAGCAUCCGUACCGGGUUAAUGCUAAGAAAAGGGAGGUAAUGAAAAGUGAGGUAGCUUAUUUAUUACAGAAUGACAUGGCAAAACCCAGUAACAGCUCUUGGAGUUCCCCAUGUAUUCUUGUUCCUAAGCCUGACGGUACAUCCCGCUUAUGUACGGACUAUCGUCGCGUAAAUGCAGUUACAAAGUCUGAUUCUUUUCCUCUACCUCGCUUAGAUGACUGUAUUGAUAGAAUUGGCUCUGCUGCUUACGUUAGUAAGUUAGAUUUGCUAAAAGGUUAUUGGC